UAAGCCAAAGAAAGAAAAAACCCUAUUAAUUAUUAUUAUGACAACUGACCGAUUGUUUUUAUCUUCUUGAUUUUCUUGUCCUUUUUCUUCUUCUUAUUUCCGUUUCUUUAUUCUUCCUCGCGUCACCAGAUCAUGUGGAAGCUUAGCAGCUUCAAGUCUCCGCUUGCGACUCUGAAUUCCAGCACAUCCCUAUCUUCGAGAACGGUACAAGAUUUAUAAACUAACGUGAUGCCCCUUCGACGACAGAAAUUACGAAAUGGCACUUGGAUUGUUCCCGGCACCGGCGAACGAACUCGCCGCCAGUUCUCUUUGAGAUAUCCGCACCUCGACGGCGCUGACGACGAUGAGGGCAUCCGCCCCCUCGCUGAGGGUAACACGGUGAAGGACAAGGUUCGGAAUUUGUGGCACAAUACUCGGGUAGCGUCUGGAAAUAUAUGGGAAUGGUUGAAAUCACCCACGGGGAGAGGCACGAUAAAAUGCUCUAUCGCAUAUCUGCUGGCUAGCAUGGGAACCUUCUGGCCCCCUGCCGGUAGGUUUCUUGGGUCACUAGAUGGGAAGCAUAUCGUCGCCACCAUUACUGUGUAUUUUCACCCCGCCAGGUCGACAGGCUCCCAGAUGGAAGCUGUUGCUAUUGCUGUCGUUGCUGUGUGUUACGCCGUGUGCAUUGGAACUUUGUCCAUGGCCACCUCGGUACUCUUUGGGUCCGUCUUGGACAUGGUUGAGCUAUCCUAUUUCUUGGUUCUCACUAUAUUCAUCGGAGGCGGCUUGGGCUUCGUCGGAUGGGCCAAGCAGAAGCUCAACCACCCGCUGGUGAGCGUUGGUGCCAGUAUAGCAUCCAUUGGUAUCAUCACUAUCGUAACCAAAGAGAACGCAGUUCACACAGGCGUCUUCACCAACCAAAAGAUUAUCCAGACGCUGAAGAUGUUACUUAUGGCUACUGCGAUAUCAACGCUAGUCAAUCUGAUCUUAUGGCCGGUUUCUGCAAGGUUAGCAUUACGAAAAUCUAUGCGGAACGCGUCCACGUCGCUCGGCGAUAUGUUAUCCAUGAUAGCAAGUGGGUUCCUUAGUGGCGUUGAAGAGGACUUCACUUCAACCGCCUUUACAAAAGCUUCGAGUAAAUACUCUUCAACUUUGUCGCAGAUGAACAAGAACGCUCGGGAGUCCAAGUAUGAAUACUACAUCAUAGGACAGGAGCAGAUAUAUAGGCAAGACAAGGCCGUGGUAAAAUCAAUGGAGAGCUUAGCCCAGUCGCUUGGUGGUCUGAGAAGUGCGGCUAAUACCCAAUUCGAACUUCUGAAGGAAGUUUCUUUCGGGCCCAGAUCUUCACAAUCGGCUAGCUCUCCGUUUUCUCCAUCUAUAAACCCAUUUUCGCCUACGUUUACAAGGUCUCCGUCGAUAGUGUUAAAGAGCAGAGGUAAUCGAUUCAAUGCUCUCGGCUCUAUUGAUGAGACACCUAACGAGAGAAGCGACAGGGAAGAGGAUGUAGCGCCAACGCAAGAUUCUUCCUGCUCUUUGUCUGCGUCUGCUUCGUCGCUCAGGACCCCUUCUGAUAUUUUUGAAUUAUUCAUCGCUCGUCUCGGCCCGUCGAUGAAAUCUUUAGUCCAUACGAUGGCUGAGAUGCUUAGAGAACCGCUAUUCGGAGCUCCAGGAGCGCCGAUCAACAUUAACGAGCAGUUCAAGCAAAGCCUUGCCGAUGCGAUAUCUCUGUAUAACCAGGCGAGAGGAAAUGCGCUAGAAGAAAUCUAUAAGACGAUCGAACUAGGCAGGACCAGAUCUGAGUCCAUCCAAGCAGAUUUCGAAGAGGUAGCUGCAGCUUGUGGACAUUUCUCAUUCAGUCUGCUUAGUUUUGCAGACGAGAUGCAGAUAUACCUAGAUACUGUAGACGACUUACGGCAUGUCAGUGAGCACAGUAAGCGGACAUGGGACUGGAUGAAGUUCUGGAAGCACAUUAAUUUCAGACGGCAGACAACGAAAGGGGACCCAGAACGACAGUCCUUCCUCCAACCGGUCAAGAGGCUUAGGCAGUCGAAACUUCCUCAAGGCAUCCCCGAUUCCUUGAAGCGACGCGGCACUUUUAGCUGGGAUGCAGCACCGCAGGGUGAAGGCAUACGGGACCUUUUUAUUCGAACAAUAUCUCGAAAUUUGUGGAGAUUUUUCAGGUUUCUUGGAAGGAGUGAUAUUCGUUUUGGCAUCAAGGUUGGUAUUGGUGCAGCUCUCUACGCUAUGUUCGCCUUCAUCCCCCAAACGCGGCCGCUAUACGCGCACUGGCGAGGCGAAUGGGGUCUCCUGUCGUUUAUGAUUGUGUGCUCGAUGACUGUGGGCGCGUCUAACGCUACUGGCUGGUCUCGUUUCAUAGGUACCCUUAUGGGUGCUACCUUUGUGUUAGCCAACUGGUGGAUAUCGGAUGGUAACGCUAUCGCGCUCGCUUUCUUAGGCUGGGUCGUCUCCUUUGGUGCGUUUUAUAUUAUGAUCGAUCGCGGUAAUGCGGCAUUUGGUCGCUUCAUAUUGCUAAGCUACAAUGUGUCCUCAUUAUACGCGUAUUCGCUCACCCAGAAUGUCGAUGAUGAUGACGACGACGAAGGUGGCGUACACCCCAUCAUCAGUUCUAUCGCCUUUCACAGAGUUGUCGCUGUCUCUGCCGGCAUUCUCUGGGGUCUCAUUGUUUGUCGUCUGAUCUGGCCCACGUCCGCCCGUCGAAAGUUUAAGGAGGGUCUGGCGGUUCUCUAUCUCCAGAUGGGGCUCGUCUGGAAACGAGGUCCGCUCGCCGUCCUUCUUCGCAAUGAUACUGCAGCUACGAGCUACAUGAAGAUAGGUGAACAAGCCGCAAUGCAACGUUACGCAUCACAACUACAGACGCUUCGCAUCGCCGCGAAUAAUGAGUAUGAGCUCCGCGGGCCAUUCCCGUUCGAGGCGUAUGGGCGCAUCAUGGCCUCGACGCAGCGAGCACUGGAUGCGUUCCACGCUAUGAGUUUGGUUACGCAGAAGCACGGCCGUCUCAGCGACGGCGAGAAAGCAUUGCUGUACUAUACGGCAGAGGAGCGAGAUCAGCUGUGCUCGCGUAUAUGCCACGUGUUUCAGGUGCUCGCGUCGAGCAUCAUGCUCGAAUACCCCCUGACGGACGUCAUCCCAAGCGUCAUGGUCAUCCGGGAUAAACUACUAGGCAAGAUCUUCCGAUUCCGGAAAGAGCACAUCAAUCUCGAAGCAGCGGCGGAGGACGGAGGUAAAGCCUCACCCGCCACCGGGGAGAACGGAGGAGACACAACGGACGAAAAUGGCAAAAAGGACGGUCUUCGGACUAGGAUCCCGACGCGGGACGAAGUCAUGGUGGAGGAGCCGGACUACGCGCUCUUGUACGCGUACGCCCUGGUUACCGGCCAGCUGGCGAAAGAGCUCGAGGUCGUGGAGAAGGAAAUCAAGGACUUGUUCGGACGGUUCGACGAGGACGUGCUGUUGUUGCAAUAGCGAGCCGGUUUGGUUCGGUCUUUUUUUUUAUGCCUACCUAGGGACGGCUAGUGUGCGUGCGCAAGUAAAGAAACUUUUGGACUCUCGGCAACUUGGCUGGGUUUUGU